AUGAACAAUUUAAAUAAUGAUAAUCUCAAUAUACUUGAUUUACCUGAUGAAAUUUUAUUCAUCAUUUUUAAGAAACUUAAUACAAUUGAUGUAUUCCAUUCACUAGUUGGUGUUAAUCAACAAUUUGAUCGAUUAGCACUUGAUCCUCUUAAUGUUCGUGAUCUGAAUAUGACUCAUAUUAUGAUCAUUGAUCCGCUCUGUGAUAAAACUCCUUCAAUAGAUACUGAAACUCUUUCAAAAAUUUGUUCGAAAAUCUUACCCCGCAUUCAUCGUCAAGUACAUAAACUGACUGUUGAACAAUAUUCAAUGAAAGAUAUUCUUCUUGCUGCCAAUUAUUCUGAACUUUAUUCUUUAUCACUAAUUAAUUUUCAAGCAAAAAUACUUUAUCAAUAUUUAAGAGGUGAUUUAAUUCUUCGUGAUCUUCUUACCAAACAAAUAACGCAUCUUAAUAUUGAUAUUAAAAGAACAACAAAACGUUUUUCCAUGACUGUUUCAAAGAUUUUUGAAUUAAUCGUAUCUUUAUGUAAAAAUUUAACUGUAUUGAAUUUUUGUGAUAUGUUUCACACACGAACAUAUGAGACUUCGGUUUUUUAUCGAUCAUCAAAUUAUAUGUCGUCAACUUUAAUCAAAUUGAAAAUCAAUGUUCCCAGUUUAGAUCAUUGUCUUUAUCUUCUUGAUGGUCGUCUCGAUUCUUUAUCAACAUUAAUUAUUAAUGUGGAAUAUAUUUUUGAUCGAGAAAAGCUUCCAAAAUUGAAAUAUCUUUCAUUCACCAUAUCUAAUGAUACAUGGCAAUAUGAUAAUCUAAUUGUUCCAUUACUUUGUCGCAUGAUAAAUCUCGAAGAAUUGAAAUUAUUUCUAUUAAUAAAAAGACAUAACUCGAUCUAUGUUGAUGGUAUUCAAUUAUAUAAUCAAUUUCUUAUUUAUAUGACACAAUUAAAGAAAUUUACAUUUUGUAUCAACACAGAAGUCUACAACGAAGUUACAGUUGAACUUCCAUCGAAUGAAGAUAUUCAACGUAGUUUCAUUGGAAGAGGAUAUCAACAAGUUACUUCAUAUCUUUAUACUAAUUCAAAGAUUACAAGCCAAUGUUUAAUCUAUUCACUUCCAUAUGAUUUCGAAUAUUUUCUUAAGAUCGACAAUUCUUUUCAAGGUGUUUGGAACAUUAUGGAUAAAAAAAAUUCCAAUAAACGUAAUGCUACUAUUGAUACUUUUUUCGUAUCUACUAAGAAAUCUCGUGAAGAAAAUAGUAGCACAAACAUCACCUCAAAUCAGUCGUGUUCAUCAUCUUCAUUCUUACCUACUUCUUCUAUCACAUCGAACGACUUGAACUCUUCAUUUCCAUCUGAUUGUGGUUCAGUUGAUGCACGUGUAGUUCAUUCCACACAUUCAUUAUCAAGUAAAGAAAAUUCUCCAUCAAGAUCUUCAUCAAGUUCUCCAUCAAAAUCUUCAUCAAAAUCAUUUCCUGGUGAUGUGAGUCGAACAAGUCAAGAUCCACCUUCACAACCUCAUUUAGCAGUUUAUCCAAAAGAUAAAGAUAAUAGAGCAUUUCAGAUGCAAUGGUUCACAAAUCGACCCUGGUUAGAAUACUCAGUAGAAAAAGACUCAACAUUUUGCUACUACUGUCGUCAUUUUUCACAUUUUAUUGCAUCAAGUCGUUUUACAAAAGAUGUGUUCACCACGCAAGGCUUUAAUCAUUGGAAGCGUGCUUUGGCACAGGACAGAGGUUUUAACAAACACGUUAACAGUCAAGCACAUAUAAUGUCAACUGCAAAUUUUUUUGAAUAUCAAUCACGUCAACAAUCUGGAACAACUGUACUUAAUAUUCUUGAUAAAUCAAGAGCUGAACUAAUUCGUCAAAAUCGUAAUAAACUGAUAAAAAUUAGUUCAGCAAUUUUGUUAUGCGCAAAGCAAUGUAUAUCUCUUCGUGGUCAUGAUGAAAGUCUUGAUUCACUUAAUCGUGGAAAUCUGAUCGAGAUAUUAAAGUGGUCAUCAACAACUGAUCCAUUAGCAAAAGCUAUGCUAGAAGAGAGUGCAGGUAAUGCUACUUAUUUGUCACAUCAAAUCCAAAAUGAGUUAUUGAACAUUAUGGGAAAUCAAAUACGAGAUAGAAUUUCUAAAAAACUAGCUGGAAAUGUAUAUACUUUAUUAGCUGAUGAAGCAGUAGAUGCUAGUCAUAAUAAACAAUUAUCAAUUUGCGUUCGGUUUGUUGAUGAUGAACAUGAACUUAAAGAGUAUUUCUUAGGAUUUAUUCGUCUUCAUGAUUUUGAUGCUGCUUCAUUAGCAAAAGAAAUAGCUAAUCAUUUGGUAAAGCACAAUAUUUCUAUGUCAAUGUGUAUAGCACAAUGUUAUGAUGGAGCUGCUGUAAUGUCAGGUCAACAUAGUGGAGUUCAUGCGAUAUUACAACAAAAUUUUAUGCCAAAAGCUAUUUAUAUUCAUUGCAUGGCCCACAGAUUGAAUUUAGUCAUAUGUCAUGUAUGUUUAGUUAUUCCAUAUAUCGAGGAGUUCUUUUCAAUUCUGUCGAAUAUUCAUAAUUAUUUCAUAUCUUCUGGUGUUACUAAUCGAUAUUUUUGUGAUGCACAAAAACUCCUUAAAUUAGAUACAACAUCAAAAUUGAAAAAGUGGGGAAAUACACGUUGGGAUUCUCGGUUUAAAUCUAUUGAUGCUAUAAAAAAUAAUUUUUCAGCAAUUAUUAAAGCACUUGAAGAUUUAGUUGAGGAUGGUGGAAGUCGUGCAGUUGGUGCACGAGGACCAAUAAAAAUUCUGUCAGAUCAGUUAAAAGGAGUUUGUGUUGAUCUUGGUUCAGCAAAGAAUCUUAUAUCAACACUUUAUGAACAAUUAAAUGAUAUGAAAAAUGAGAAAUCAUUUAAGGAGUUAUAUGAGCAAAUAGUAUUAUUUGGAAAAGAAAAUGGCGUGGAUCUGAACGAAUCUAUUAGAAACAGACGUCAACAAACAAUUCCAUCAAGAUUUAAAGAUUGUUUUGUUAUGGCACCAUUAGGUCAUCGAGAUUAUUAUACUAAUGAAGAUAAAUUUCGAACGAAUAUGUAUUUUUCGACAAUUGAUUGUAUUCUUAUAGAAUUACACGAUCGAUUAUCUUGUGAAAAAUUACAAAUAGCAGAAAGUAUUUCAUCUUUAUCACCAUCUAGUGAAACUUUUUUGGAUAUUCAAAUGUUACAACCUUUAAUUGAUCAUUUAUAUUUGGAUAAUUCUAUGAUAAAAAAUGAAAUUUCAGUUAUAAAAUCCAUGCUUAAAAAUAAAACAUUAUCAAUUAUAUUUGAUUUACUUAAUGAAUUAAAGCCAAUGAAAGAUGCAUUUCCUUCAACUAUUGAAUUGAUCAAAAGCGGCAUUACAUUUCCAGUGUCGUCGGUUACAUGCGAAAGAACAUUUUCCAAAAUGAAGUUAAUCAAAACUUAUGCUCGAAAUUCGAUGGGAGACGAACGAUUAAGUGAUCUUAAAAAAUCUUAUCCAUUAUCAUCAACUGAUAUAUCUCAUUCAACACUUGAUCAUCGUCGAAAUGAAUUUCAAUAUUGGUAUCCAAUUAGUUUACAUUCAAGUGAAAAAGAUUUAAUAUCAAAUCAUCUUAUUUAUUUAUUAGGUAAUCAUACAGUCAUAUGGCCAAAUCAUCCGGAAUAUUGGCCACGUUCAUUUCGUAUUAAUGAAAAUUUAUUAUUAAAUUCAAAUAAAAUAUCUAAAUCAACAGGAAAUUUUAUAACAUUAUUAGAAGCUAUUGAAAAAUUUUCAGCUGAUGUAUUAGCUAAUGCUGGUGAUGAUUCAAUUAAAAAUGCUAAUUUUGACGAAAACAAAGCUAAAGAACUACUUUUACAUCUUUAUACAUUUAUUGAAUGGGUUCAAGAUGUACUUCUUAUAAAUCCAGUUGAUAUUAAACAAAAAUUUAAUCUAUUAAAUCCAUCAGAAAAGAGUUCAGAUGUUGUUUCAUCAGGUAUGAAUUGUAUUAAAAAUAUAUUACAUCAAUUUUCAUCAAGUUUAGAGCAUACAAAUGAAGAAUUUAUUGAUCAACAAAAACUAUAUUAUCGAACAGAUAAUAAUUAUAUUUAUGACGAUUAUGUUUUUGAAUCUGAAAUCAAUUAUGCUAUUCAAUUAACUCAGCAAAAUUAUGAAAAAAUGUUAUAUAAACAUGUUCUUACAGAUGGAUUUUUUGAAUUAAUAAGAGUACGAAAUAGAUAUUGUCAAUUAUGUUUUGAAUUGCAAAAAAAAAUUCAUUUCGAUUUAAUUAAACGUUAUAUCGAAGUUCAAGCGAUUUUAUUAGCACCUAUAUGCGCACACAUAUGUGAAUAUGUUUAUCAAUUGCUUCAUCCAACGACAUCAAUUAUGAAUGCUAACUGGCCACCUCUUGUAACUAUUAGAAAUUAUGAUCUACCCGGUGGUGGUUAUAAUAUAACAUAUUCAAGUAUUUCAACUAGUGCAUUAUCUACAUGUCAUUUUUAUUUAAUACCCGGUAUAUUAAAUGACAAGAACUUUGGAUAUUUAUUACAUAGUUCAAAAGAUUUUCAAUCAUCAUCACAUACUCCAAAAACAACAGUAAUUUCAACAAUAAAAUAUAUAGUACAUGAUAUUAAUAAAUUACAUCUAUAUCGACCAAUAGAACAUCCGAAUAAAAUCGAAUUUACUAAUAUGAAAGAAUUAAAAAUGUUGAUUGGAGAUGGUGCAGAAUUACAUGAUGAUCUUAUACAAAAAGGUUUUAUUAUUAUUAAACAAUUAUGA